AUGCGCCGGGGACAUAUGCCUUGCAGCAUCACCGCCUCCUUGCCUCCCUCGUCUGCCCGGGCCUGGGUGGCCUCUCACUACUGUCCGGUCCGGCGUCUGCUGGUGGCCGGCGCCUGGCGCGGGCCCGUCCGGUGCGGUGCUGGUUCUCUCCCAGGGGGCGGUGCCGGGCCCCCGCGCCUGGCUCCUUGGCAUUACAUCCUCGCAUUCGGAGGCAUCAUCGCAAUCCCGCUGAUCCUGGCAGAGCCCCUCUGCAUAAAGGACAACAACGUCGCAAAAAGCCAACUCAUCUCCACCAUAUUCUUUGUGUCGGGAAUAAGUACGCUGCUGCAAACGGCUGUCGGUACCAGGUUACCAAUCCUCCAGGGUGGGACUUUCAGUUUCAUCACUCCGACCCUGGCCAUUCUCGCUCUGCCCAAAUGGCAGUGCCCAGCCCAAAAAGCACCCAUGAUGCUGUCGGUGCAGCUGCAGAACAGCACCAGCUCGCUGCAUGUGGAAAAUUCUGAUGAGGUCUGGAUGUCACGGAUGCGUGAGAUCCAGGGAGCCAUCCUGGUGUCAUCACUGCUGCAGAUCGUCCUGGGUUUUUCUGGCCUGGUGGGCCUCGUGCUGAAAUACAUCGGCCCGCUGGCUAUCGCUCCCACCAUCAACCUCAUCGGCCUGUCACUGUUCAUCGAGGCUGGGAAGAAGUCUGGAGGUCACUGGGGAAUAUCUGCUCUCACAGUCUGUCUGAUCCUCCUCUUCUCUCAGUACCUCAGCAAAGUCAAUGUACCAAUGAUUGCCUACAAGGAUAAGAAGUGGAAGGUUUUCCAGUAUCCCCUCUUCAAGCUCUUCUCCCUGUAUGUUAUUGACUUUGAGAGCAUUAGCUCUCUGGCUAAUAGUGGAGCCAAAGAGUUCCAUGAGCUGAGUGGACUAGAAAAUCUCCUGUUGCUAAGUUGUAUCUAA